AUGAUAUUCAGUAAUUUAGCGAAAUAUUCAGUUCCAUCGUUUCUGAAGUCAUAUGUAGAACAAUAUGCUUUACGAAGUACAAUAGUUUUAAUCAUUAUAUUUUUGAAUGUGUUCAAGUUUCGGGAGUCUAAAUUCUUUGUAUCAGGCAGUUUGUCCAAGAAUAUCAAAUCGAGUAAUUCGGGAGACAUUUUAAAUUUUAUUCUCUCCUUCUUCUUCUCAGAAUCCAACAGCAGUUCGAUGGUCCAACAAUAAUACAGCGGAUUGUGGAUGGGAAGAGACUUCCAUGCCGCUGCAUAGCAUUGUUUUGUAUAUCCGCCACUUUUGUAUCAAUAUUGUUGA